AUGGAAAAAGAGGAGAGAAAAGUCGCCGGCGACUUUGUCGCUUUUUUUGCGUGCUUACAUAAAAAGCGACUUCCGCCGGCGACUUGUCGCGCGCGACUUUGUCGCUUUUUUGAGUGCUUACAUAAACCGCGACUUCCGCCGGCGACAUGUCGCGCGCGAUUUUGUCGCUUUUUCGUGUGCUUACAUAAAAUGCGAUUUCCGCCGGCGACAUGUCGCCGGCGACACUUUUUUUGAUUCAAACAUGUUUGAAUUUUUGGCGACACUUUUUUGCAACAUGCUAUUUCU